AUGAAGAUGACUUCUAAGAGAAUCCUCCUCAUCAAUCCUAAUUCGUCAACUUCCAUGACGGAUGGCUUGUCUACUUUACUCAAGGAAAUGAAUCGGAAUGGAACUACCUCAUCCCAAAUCGAGACUUAUACAGCUCCUUCCGGCCCAUCAAGUAUCAACAACGAAGAUGAUGCCCUCGAAACUGCAAAGAUCGUUCUCGCAGAUCUGGAACUAAGACUUUCUAAUUACGACGCCUACCUCGUCGCCUGCUACAGCGUCCAUCCUCUUGUCGGCAUGCUCAGAAAGAAAGUUGCCCCUCAUGUACACGUGACCGGUAUCUUCGAAGCCAGCAUUUCUACAUCUCUAUCCUUGCUACCGCUGGGAUCCGGAAGCAGUUAUUCGAGGUUCGGGAUUGUUAGUACGGGCACUUACUGGGAGAAAGCCCUAUCGAAAGGAGUGAAGGACUUCCUAGAGGUGGAUGAUUUGAAGAGCUGCAAGAGGUUCAAAGGGGUCGAAACCACAGGAUUAAAUGCUGGGGAGUUGCAUACAGCACCACCGGAGCUGGUUAGGAGGAAGAUGAUGGAGGCGACGAAGAGAUUGGUGAAGGACAAGGAUGUUCGGGUUGUUAUUCUGGGGUGUGCUGGAAUGGCAGGGUUGGAUACUAUUGUUGAGGAGGCUUUGGUAGAGGAACUUGGGGAUGAUGCAAAGUAUGUGCAUGUUCUAGAUGGGGUAAAAGCUGGUCUUGGGAUGCUGGAGAGUUUUCUUCGGGCUUUACCUCCUAAGAAAAAGUAA